GUCGUUAUGAGAGUGAUAGAAGUUUUGCACUCUGCAAAAUACGCCUGAAAAAGCUUUAAUUUGGUGCGGCAUUUGGUGAGCGGGCACUUGGCAGGGUGUGGUGAGUUUUCGCGGCUCGCGAUGUGAUUGUCGGUCAGGCGGCGGCUAAUUAGCCAAAACGCGGGACACGCGCCCGUGAUAGCCCGAACAGUGGUUGGAUUCGUCGGACUGAAUGGCGAGACGACGUCGUCGUCGGCGGUGGAGGAAACCGGGUUUGCCUACUGCCAGCCGUCCUGCUGGGUACUCUUGCAUCCAACGUCUCCUUCAAGAAAGCGCCUGAUCCUCUAUGUUUCACAAGUGAUUUUAAAAAACGCAGCCUUGCCACAUCCAAUAUGGCGGCGAUGUUGACGCACGGCUCAGAGCGUGAUGCGGCGUCUCCGUAUAUGGUUUUGAUUUCUAUGGAGCUGCCUGUUUUUUUUGUGGGAAUAAGACACGCAUUGCUGUUUCCUGACUUUGGAAAGGAACAAAAAGGGGACUCCUCUGGAAUUUCCCAUGGAAUUUAAUCCAUCAAACCCUGUUACCGGGUGCUUUUGCAUUCAUCCACCGAUUUAAACAAUGUGACCAACUAUUCCACACUAGGGACAUUCAGAGGAGUUGUCUUCUUUUUCAUUCCGGCCCGAGUCAGAAAUAGCGACACUUAUUCCAAAUAGGCUGGUGUGUCGGCGAGGUACACCUGCAGCGCUGGGCAUGAAGGCGGCACGUGCAUGACCCUGCAAGAGCAGCCUCGUUUUCUGUUCUCUUUCCUGAGACGUCCCUGACAACAUGAGGCCCGCGGCAGGUCUCAGGAGAGAGAAUGUUCCCUGACUUUCACACCUUCAACCUCAAGCUCUGUCAGGAAGUUUGCUUGAGUGCUGAAAGGCUGUGACUAGACCCUGCAUCUGAGGACUCAGACCAGGACUGACUCACAGGGCUCUCUCUGUGAGCCAGCGUCACCGAGGCUGCCAAAGCAUGCUGGUGCCAAGCUGUGCCAUCAUGCCCACAGCCAGACCUGCAACGCUGCUGCUACCGCUGCUGCUCACCACGGGUCUCAUCCUGCACCUCGCCGACGCUCAAACACCGCCAAAAUUUUUACGAACCCCCAAUGACCAAACAGGCGUCCAAGGGGGCGUGGCCUCCUUCAUCUGCCAAGCCACGGGAGAUCCGCGGCCAAAGAUCGUAUGGAACAAGAAGGGGAAGAAAGUCAGCAACCAGCGAUUCGAGGUAGUGAUCGAGUUCGACGACGGCUCCGGUUCAGUUCUACGCAUCCAGCCGCUCCGUACGCCUCGCGACGAAGCCAUCUACGAAUGUGUCGCCUCAAACAGCGUCGGAGAGACCAGCGCCACCACGCGCCUCACUGUUUUACGUGAGGACCAGCUGCCCCCUGGUUUCCCCACCAUAGACAUGGGCCCGCAGCUCAAAGUGGUGGAGCGAACCCGUACCGCCACCAUGCUCUGCGCUGCCAGUGGCAACCCGGACCCUGAUAUAUCCUGGUUCAAAGACUUCCUCCCUGUCAAUACCACCAACAACAAUGGCCGUAUCAAACAGCUGCGAUCAGGUGGUACGCCAAUACGAGGUGCCCUUCAGAUCGAGCAGAGUGAAGAGUCUGAUCAGGGGAAGUACGAAUGCGUGGCGACCAACAACGACGGAACGCGCUACUCGGCACCGGCCAACCUUUACGUCCGAGAGCUACGAGAAGUGCGCCGUGUCCCGCCGCGCUUCUCCAUCCCGCCCACGGACAACGAGAUCAUGCCAGGCGGCAGCGUCAACAUCACGUGCGUGGCGGUGGGUUCGCCCAUGCCGUACGUCAAGUGGAUGCUCGGCGCUGAGGACCUAACGCCGGAGGACGACAUGCCCAUUGGACGUAACGUCUUAGAGUUGACAGACGUGCGCCAGUCGGCCAACUACACGUGCGUGGCUAUGUCCACACUAGGCGUCAUAGAAGCAGUGGCACAGAUUACAGUCAAAGCAUUACCCAAGACUCCGGGCACACCUGUGGUGACUGAACGUACCGCCACCAGCAUCACCCUGACGUGGGAUUCCGGUAACCCUGAACCGGUGUCUUACUACAUCAUCCAACACAAGUCCAAGUACUCGGAGGACUCCUACAAGGAGAUCGACGGGGUGGCGACCACCCGCUACAGUGUGGGCGGCCUAAGCCCCUAUUCGGACUACGAGUUCCGCGUGGUGGCGGUCAACAACAUUGGAAGAGGGCCGCCAAGCGAGGGCAUCGAGGCUAAAACAGCCGAGCAAGCGCCCAGUACGGCGCCGCGGCGGCUCCGGGGGCAAAUGCUGAGCGCCACGACAGCUGUCAUCAACUGGGAGGAACCGGAGGAAGCUAACGGGCAGAUUAUGGGCUACAGGGUCUACUAUACUUUGGAUUCACUGCAGCACGUCAACCUCUGGGAGAAGCAGAUUGUAAGGGGGGCUAACUUUGUCACCAUUCAGGGCCUCAUCCCCAAUAAAACUUACUACAUCAAGGUUUUAGCUUACACCUCAGUCGGAGACGGACCUCUUUCCCCGGAUCUACAAAUCAUUGCAAAGACAGGAGUUCCUGCCCAACCAACAGACUUCAAGGGAGAAGCGAAGUCGGAAACUAGCGUUUUGCUUUCGUGGGUGGCACCAGUCCAAACGGGACAGGAAAACCAAAUUACAGGAUACGAUCUUUUGUACAAGAAGAGGGAUGAUAAAGACGAGAAGCGCAUCAGCUUUGAGCCGACGUCCACAUACCUCAUGAAGGACUUGAAACCCUUCACCACGUACACCUUCCGUCUGGCGGCACGUAGCAAACAUGGCGUGGGUGCUUACACCAGCGAGAUUUCCGCGGAAACGCCACAAACACAACCCUCCGGACCGCCAAUGGACGUCAAGUGCUAUAGCCCCACGUCCACUAGUAUCCUGGUAAGUUGGCAAGCGCCGACAACUGAAUCGCAGAAUGGCAUCAUAACGCGAUACAGCAUCCAGUACACCGCCAACGAAGGUGGGGAGGAUACCACCGGUAGCGGACGUGUCGCCGACAACAUCCCACCGGAAAGCACCCAGUACCUUUUGGAAAAUCUGGAAAAAUGGACUCAGUAUCGUGUGACGGUGACUGCGCAUACUGAUGCUGGAGCAGGACCGGAAAGUGUGCCACAAGUCGUCCGCACGGAGGAGGAUGUUCCUAGUGGGCCACCUCGCAAAGUCGAGGUGGAAGCUGUCAACUCGUCGUCAAUUAAAGUCAUCUGGCGCUCGCCCAUGCCCACCAAGCAGCACGGUCAGAUCCGAGGGUACCAGGUGCACUAUGUCAGGAUGGUUAAUGGCGAGCCCACAGGACAGCCUGUCAUCAAGGACAUCCUGAUUGAUGAUGCCCAGUGGGAAUAUGAUGAUACAACCGAUCAUGAAAUGGUCAUCUCAGAGUUGCAGGCCGAGACCACGUAUUCGAUUACUGUGGCGGCCUACACGACAAAGGGCGACGGCGCACGCAGCAAGCCCAAAUUGGUUACGACCACUGGUGCAGUUCCUGACAAACCUCGACUAAUGGUCAGUACCACCAACAUGGGCACUGCUCUCCUCCAGUGGCAUCCCCCAGCAGUCACCCACGGGCUCUUGCAAGGUUACCGCCUCCGUUUUGGGCGCAAGGACCUAGAACCCCUGACUGUCAUCGAGUUCCCCGAGCGAGAUAACCACUACACCACCAGAGAGAUCCACAAGGGCGCCUCAUACACCUUCCGGCUUUCCGCGCGUAACAAGGUGGGCUUUGGUGAAGAAACAGUCAAGGAAGUGACCACAAAUGAGGACGUGCCGAGCGGUUAUCCCCAACGGAUCACCGCGGACGGCGCCACCACAUCCACUAUUCAGGUCAGCUGGCAACCACUCCUCCUGGCGGAGCGCAACGGCCAAAUAGUCAAGUACGCUCUGCAGUAUAAGGACAUCAACAGCCCGAGAAGUCCCUCCGAACUCUUCAUCACCGCCCCGGAAUCGACCGUGGCCUUGGAUGGCCUUAAGGCUGACACCACUUAUGAUAUUAAAAUGUGUGCCUUCACCAGCAAGGGUUCUGGUCCCUAUAGCCCAAGUGUCCAAAUCAGGACACAGCCUUUGGAUCAAGCAGUGUUUGCAAAAAAUUUUCACGUGAGAGCUGCCAUGAAGACAUCCGUGCUGCUGACGUGGGAAAUCCCGGACACCUACAAUGCUGGUCAGCCUUUCACGAUCCUGUACGACAAUGGCCAAAGCGUGGAGGUGGACGGCAAACUGGCGCAGAAGCUGAUCACGGGGCUUCAACCAGAGACACAGUACUCCUUCCUGUUGACCAACCGUGGCAACAGCGCCGGCGGCCUGCAGCACCGUGUGUCCACCAUGACAGCGCCGGACAUCCUUCGCACCAAGCCCUACCUUGUUGGCAAAACAAACUCGGACGGCAUGGUGACGGUGGAGCUGCCCUCGGUGCAGACGUCAGAGAAAGUGCGGGCAUAUUACAUCGUGGUUGUGCCGCUGAAAAAACAGCAGCGAACCGGCAAGUUCUUCAAACCCUGGGACAAUCCGGAUGACAUGAAUUUAGAAGAGCUGCUGCAGGAGAUAAACCGCACCAGCCGAGGCCUUCGUCUCCGCAGGCAGGUCGAGCCCAAAGCUUACAUCGCUGCCUACUUCGCAGACCUGCCCAAAGAGUUCACACUGGGCGACGGCAAGUUCUACGGAGACUUUGAGAACAAGAGGCUACAAAGUGGACAGGAGUACAUCUUUUUUGUCCUCGCCGCCCUGGAUAUAUCUGAAAAUGUCAUGUACGCCACCAGCCCAUACUCCGACCCCGUGGUUUCGGCCGACAACGACCCCCAGCCGAUUAUCGACGAGGAGGAGGGUCUCAUCUGGGUGGUUGGUCCUGUGCUAGCCGUGGUCUUCAUCAUUUGCAUCGUCAUCGCCAUCCUGCUGUACAAGAGCAGCAAACCAGACAGAAAAAGGGCAGAAUCCGAAGCCAGGAAAGGCAGCCUGCCCAACAGCAAGGAGAUGCCCUUGCAUCACCCCACCGACCCAGUGGAGCUACGUCGCCUCAACUUCCAAACACCCGGUUCGCGUGCGUGCGGUCACCCAAGUAGCCUCCAUUUGUCAAGUAUGGUGAGCCACCCCCCAAUCCCUGUCAUGGACCUGGCGGAUCAUCUGGAGCACCUGAAAGCCAACGACAACCUCAAGUUCUCCCAGGAGUAUGAGUCCAUCGACCCCGGGCAGCAAUUCACCUGGGAGCACUCUAACCUGGAGGUCAACAAGCCAAAGAACAGAUACGCCAACGUCAUCGCCUACGACCACUCUCGAGUUCUGCUCUCCGCCAUUGACGGGAUCCCUGGUAGUGACUACAUCAACGCCAACUACAUCGACGGCUACAGGAAACAAAAUGCCUACAUCGCCACACAGGGUUCCCUCCCGGAGACGUUCGGGGAAUUCUGGAGGAUGAUCUGGGAACAGAGAAGCGCCAUCAUUGUCAUGAUGACCAAGUUGGAGGAAAGAUCCAGGGUAAAGUGCGAUCAAUACUGGCCGACUCGAGGGACGGAAACCUAUGGCCUCAUCCAAGUGACGCUGCUCGACACAGUGGAGUUAGCCACAUAUUGCGUGCGAACAUUUGCACUUUUUAAAAAUGGCUCCAGCGAGAAGCGGGAGGUCAGGCAGUUCCAGUUCACGGCCUGGCCAGACCACGGGGUGCCUGAACACCCCACGCCGUUCCUGGCCUUCCUGAGGCGGGUAAAAGCCUGCAACCCUCCAGACGCGGGGCCCAUGGUGGUGCACUGCAGCGCCGGCGUGGGUCGCACAGGUUGCUUCAUCGUCAUUGACGCCAUGCUGGAGCGGAUCAAGCACGAGAAGACGGCGGACAUCUAUGGCCACGUGACGCUGAUGCGUGCCCAGCGUAACUACAUGGUGCAGACAGAAGACCAGUACGUCUUCAUCCAUGACGCGCUGCAGGAGGCUGUCAACUGCGGCACCACCGAAGUGCCCGCCCGGAACCUUUACGCUUACAUCCAGAAACUGACGCAGAUAGAGUGCGGGGAGAAUGUCACCGGCAUGGAACUAGAGUUCAAGCGUUUAGCAAACACUAAAGCCCACACAUCGCGAUUCAUCAGUGCCAACCUGCCGUGCAACAAGUUCAAGAACCGCCUUGUCAACAUCAUGCCAUACGAGUCCACGCGAGUGUGUCUCCAGCCCAUCCGAGGCGUGGAGGGCUCUGACUACAUCAAUGCUAGUUUCAUUGAUGGCUAUAGGCAACAGAAAGCCUACAUCGCUACCCAGGGACCCCUGGCGGAAACCACGGAGGACUUCUGGAGAAUGCUGUGGGAACACAAUUCCACGAUUGUUGUCAUGCUAACCAAGCUCAGAGAAAUGGGCAGGGAAAAAUGCCACCAGUACUGGCCCGCAGAGAGAUCAGCUAGGUACCAGUACUUUGUGGUGGACCCUAUGGCUGAGUACAACAUGCCGCAGUACAUUCUUAGGGAGUUUAAAGUAACAGAUGCCAGGGACGGCCAGUCGCGAACGGUACGGCAGUUCCAGUUCACGGACUGGCCCGAGCAAGGAGUGCCAAAAUCUGGGGAGGGCUUCAUCGACUUCAUCGGCCAAGUACAUAAAACUAAAGAGCAGUUUGGCCAAGAUGGGCCUAUCUCAGUCCAUUGUAGCGCCGGCGUCGGUCGAACCGGCGUUUUCAUCACCCUAAGCAUUGCCUUGGAGCGAAUGAGAUACGAGGGCGUCGUCGACAUCUUUCAGACAGUGAAGAUGCUGCGGACGCAGAGGCCAGCCAUGGUGCAAACAGAGGAUCAAUACCAGUUCUGCUACAGAGCUGGAUUAGAGUACUUGGGAAGCUUUGAUCACUAUGCAACGUAAAAAAAGACACCCCCCGCCGCCCCCCUACCCGACAUUUGGAGGGAAAAUGCGGCAAGGAGAAGGAAAAAAACCCAGUUGCGCCUCUCUUCUGAGCCAUAAAUGAACUGCUUGAGAACGUAUGAACUCCUUGCUAACAACUCAUAAAGUGUGCCGUCAAGGAACGAACAAUGAAAAACAAUGACAAAAAAAAACAAACAUCCCAAAAGGACCAAGUAUGAACUCCACCAAGUGAUGGACCAUUGAAGCAUCCAGUGUUUUGCUUCAAGGAUUUAUUUGGGAGUAAAAAAACAAAAACAACGAGAGGCAUCGGAGGACAUUGUAAAGAAUAACAUCGGACAGAUGUUCAGUAGUAAUAAAUCCAAGUACGCCCUCUUCUUGUCUCCGUGUUCAUCAUCCACAGUUUGGCGAGGGGAUCAAUGAAAUAAAUAAAAUGAUUCAUUUUGUUUUGUAGUACUUUAUUAACCAGUGUGAUUGUUUUGUUUUUUUUUACACUCUGAAUUAUUUUUGUUUUUAAAGAUGCAGAUUAAUUUCCCCUUGGGUUGUAUGUAGCACCAAGUGCAUACAAAUUGAAGGUAAAAAAACCAACUAACUAUACUAUAAACCCGGGCUUUGUGGAAUCAACAGGGAUGAGCAAAGUAUGAAGCUGCUGCUAUUGAUUAUCUUAGUUCUUCCAUGUCGGGACGAGUCGGGGAAAGCUAUACAGAUAUACAUACAUAUAUACAUACAUAUAUAUAUAUAUAUAAAUAUAUUAUUCUACAGAGACAAACUAUACGAAAGUGAUUUUUUUUCACUGGAAUGCACAUCGGCUUGGAAGAAAUUGUUAUCAUUGUGCAAUAAAUAUUCAGUCACCACCCCCUUGGCCACGCCCACCGCCAGCCUGUCCAAUAGGGUCGUUAUUUAUAAAACCCAUCCUUUGUUCCGCCAUUUUGCAUUUAGAGUGCCUUAUAUUUAUGCCUGUUUUUAUACCAUUUCAUCUUUUAAGUAGUCAUUCAGUGUAAUUAUGACACAAUAUAUACAGUAUAUAUGUAUUUACAUGUUUAUUUACAGUAGUGUUCCACUAUGUCAGAUGAGAUUAUAUAUGCAAGUAACAUUUUAAAAGCUCCUAUUUUCCUUUUCAGUGGCCUUACCGUGGCUGAGUUGAGUUUGAUGACCUAUAAAGGAAAUGGGAAACGUAAUACUUUAUAUGAGCAUAGUGUUUCGUGAACACAAGGUAGCGCAAGAGGGAAAAACACAGAAGCUAGCUUAAAUUUGAGGAGAGGAGAAACACAAACAACCACAAAAAAAUGUGAGUAAUUCCCCUUUCUUUUGUCAAAUAAAACUGAAAUUUUGCAUGUUGGGGGCAGCCGUCGUGUUUUUUGCGAGAGAAACCCAGGAGCUAGCUUUAAUUUUAGACCAGAUUCAUCACUUCAUGGCAAUUUUGACCAAUAAAAGUUUGUAAAUCAUUAAACAGAAAUGCGGUCUUGACGUUAUGUACACGUGCUCGUUGGCAUACAAGGCAAGUUCAGUUUCUUAUGAAUGGUGCUUAUGUCGUUGAGAAGCCAUCUUGUUUUCAGCAAGAUCAAACCGGAAGCUUGCUUGAAUUUCAGGUUGGAUUUGUUUUUUUUACGUAUAGAUAUUACUUCUUGACCAAAAAUAUGAUCAGGAAAGAUGUCCAAUCUUGAAAUUUCAUACGUCAUCACAAACUUGCACAUGCUACACGCAAACAAGUUGGUAUUCAAGAUAAAUUUGUUGUGCUUAUGUUGUUUAUAUGCCGCACUGCGGGCAGCCAUCUUGUUCUUUGGUAGAAAAACACGGAAUGUGGGAUCAGAUUUGUCACUUUUACUUUCACUGUGGUCCGAAAUAGUACCUCUUGGUAAUCUUGACAAAAAAAAGUGUGUAAAUGACUCUUUUUCACAAACAAAUUGUUAUCUGAUCUUGAAAUUUUGUACACAUACUUCUUGUAAAUAUGGUGUCACAUACCAUAGUUAAAUUAUUCAAUGUUGUUAAUGAUGAGGUCAUUUUGUUUUCAAAACAGAUUUUUUUUAACAGUGUAAAGUGGUCGAAAAGAGGGAGGAUAAACAAACGGCCACUAAAACUAGCAUUUAAUGUAGUGAAAUAACAUCUGCGUUUCACUUCAUUCCUGUCAUGGCCAUUUUGUUGUGCGAAGCCAUCACUUUUAUCUUAAAUUUGGGAACGCAGGUUUCGCCAUUAUGAACGGAAAGUGGUCGAAAUCCGGGAGGCGCAGAUACAGUUGGUACACAAAGUUGUUCGAUUAUUUGGUAUUUAACAUCAUUAAUGGUGCGCUGGCGUGUGGACAUUUCCUUUUCCGAGAGAAACUCGCAAGCUAGCUUCAAUUUCCGAACAUAUUUUUCAAUAUUUUGAAUGUAAAAGUGAUUGAAAGGAGGGAAGAAAAACAAAAAUGGCUACUAAAAAUACCUUCCAGCCAAUCUUGACAAAAAAAACAAUACCCCUUUUAACUCUAUUUAACCGUUAGCAUCUUUCCCAGCCACUUAGUGACAACUUUUUAAUGGAUGUGCAUUCCAGAUUUUUCUUUUCCUUGUCAACACGAGCAAUUAUCUUUUAUGAUUAUUUUUAUGACAUAAAAGUGCUGUUAUUUAAGCUCUUGUUUUAUUCUUGCAUGGUCGAAACAUGGCAGGAUGGGCCGACAAUAGGAAGAUUUGCACUUUUCCCUAUCUUUGUACUAUGCACUGCCCUAUUGAUUCUGAACCCAAUAAUAGAAUAUUACUUGAACCCAUCCGUGACACAAACAAAUCACUUGUGUAUGUAAAUAACACUAAUCUUGGAAAAAGACAAAAAAAUACAAGUAAAAAAGAGCAUCCAUUCUGAUGCCAUCCAGCAGAUGACUUGGGAAAAUUCUACGAACCUGACACCCCAACAAACCCGCACCCAGCCCCCCCACCCCUCGCCCAGCGAUCAUGUGUUCUCGUGGCCAUCGAAGCUUGGAGUGUCAUUACCGGAAAUAAACGUUGUGUUCGCUGAUCUCUCUCUCUCUCUCUAGCUAUCUAUCUAUCUAUCUCUCGUCUGGAUGCAUAGACUGACAGUGGCGUCAUGAAAUUGUAAAAACUUAAACAAAAACAAAAAAAACAGCUUGUUCAAAAGUUCAUACAAUUACCUCUGAUUAGUUGUAAACUGUUUAUUUUUUAUUUGUUUUCUUGUUGAAUGAAAUGAGUGCUUUUUAUUUUCUUACUUAGGUCACAUUGGUGGGGGAAAAAAGUCUGUAUGAAAAAUCUGUUCUAUGCUGACAAAUAAGUCACGUUUGUUUAUAAAUAAAUUCUAUUAAAAAAUGUCUGUUGUAUGCAC